GGGGGCGAGAUCCCGCAACUCCUCAACGUGCUGUUCGGGAACACGUCCAUCAAGGAGAACGUCAUGGUGACCGACCUCGCGCUGUCGCCGUCGCUGCUGUCGUCCUUCUUCGGGCCGCGGCACGGGGUCAGAGGGCUGCGCGAGAUCCUGGGCGUUCUGCGCGGGCCGAUGCUCAUGACGGCGCUGAAACCCAUGGGGAGCGACGUCGAGGCGCUCGCGUCCAUGGCGUACGAUUUCGCAAAGGGGGGGAUCGAUCUCAUCAAAGACGACCACGGCCUCGCGAAUCAAAACUACGCGCCGUACGAGGAGCGCGUGCGCGCGUGCUGCGCCGCGGUCAGGCGCGCGAACGCGGAGACGGGACGGCGGUGCGUGUACGCGCCGUGUCUGAACGCGCCUGCGGAUCUGAUCGUUCCGCGCGCGAAGUUCGCCAAGGCGUGCGGCGCCGGCGCGGUGCUCAUGAUCCCAGGGAUCGGCGGCCUGGACGCGAUGCGACGGCUCGCGGAGGACCCAUCCUUCGGGCUUCCGAUCGUGUGCCACCCCGCGAUAUUAGGCGCGAUGCUCGGCGGCGGAAGCGACGGUCCGGACGACGUCCCGAUCCGAGGAUUCUCGCAUAAGGUGUUGCUCGGUAUUUUGCCGCGGCUCUGCGGCGCGGACGCGACCAUCUUCCCGUCCUUCGGAGGGAGGUUCGGGUUCAGCGAGCGCGAGUGCCGCGACAUCGCGCUCGGGUCGAGACAAAAGUUGGGGUCAACGCCCGCGAUCGUGCCCUGCCCCGGCGGCGGGAUGACGUUAGAGAGAGUGCGGAAGAUGAACGAGGUCUACGGCGAGGACGUCAUGCUUCUCAUCGGCGGGUCGCUGAUGGGGCACUCGCCGGAUUUGGUCGCGAACGCGCGGCACUUC